AUGCACAGAAACUUCAUGGGCCCGUUCGCCGCCCACAAGGGGAAGAAGAAUUUAGUCGUCACAUACAACGCCCCGAAUCGCUACAACGUCGACUACGCCGACCUCGCAAAGCAGAUUGGUGUCCUUGUCUCGCAGAACGUCGUCGACGCCGAGAUCAAGGGUUGGAUCACGCCUGCUUUUACCACCACCACACAGCAUGACAUUGUGGACUACGAGGAAAUAUUGCGUCGCCUGGACAAGUUGGCCUUAUACGUCAAGGAGCCGACCCAGUUCGGUAAUCUCCUCAAACCCACCAUCACGCUUUUCAUUCGAAGCUUUGAUGAACCCGACAACCAGCAGAUCAUUGACUUCUGGGGCCAGAUCUGCGACGAGGAGCACGGGAGUGGGUUUGACACCUACACCGGUUGGAUCACAGCUGCCUGA